AUGUUGAGAAGCCAGAGCAUCUCCAACCUUAGCGACCAUCGCAAGUCCAAAACAGGCGGGCUCUUCAGUGGAUUGCGGUCCAAGAAACUGUCAAUGUCAGAUCUUCACUCAAUUGUCUCAAGCGGCAAGAAGCUGUCAAUGUCAGAUCUUCACUCUAUUGUGUCUGGCAAAAAAACCAGGCCUUUGAGCACCACUGGCGCUGCUUCGCUCAACUCGUCGAAGCCUGACUACAAGCCCAAACUCUCGCCUAUCUCCCACAGCUCGUCGGCCGCCCAACAGAGGUUGAGCGUCCUGGGAGAGAACAAGGAAAACAUCCCCACCGCAACAGCGAGAUACAAGUCGUUGAAGUCCCGCUCUAGCGCCCCCAACUUGUCAGCCAUCACCCACUCCAAGCCUUCGAAGAACAACAGGACCUCAGUUUUGCUUGGGGGAGUGCCCAUCUCCAAGCCCAUCAUUCACGCCGACAGCUUCUCGGAGUCGAUGCAGUCCCAGUCUGUGAACUCAUCGCCCAUCACCCCGGAGACCGUCAACACUGUCGACUCGCUCUUGGACCUGACAUCCAUUCAGAUCUACGACUUCGAAAAUAACCCCGAUUCCAUUGAUCACGAUACGGACAUUUCAGAUACUACCUCCUUCACCACCUUAUCGUCGUCUGUGGACCUUGACGAGAAGAAAUCUGGAUCUCGCCAUUCGAGUGCGUUGGAGGUUCUACCACACAUUUCAUCACAAGACCUCAAGACUGUCAACAUGAAGCCACGUCCCCAACAUCGCACCACCCGCCUUUUUGAUGUCGAGGACUUUGUCAAGUUGAUGUACUCGGCAAACGGACCUCUCGAAAUGGGCAAGUUGCCGUUGAACGACAGAGACUCCACCAAAAUCGAAUUGCAAGAAAAGGCCCAAUUGCUAUCCAAAUUGAACACAGAAAACGAGUACAGCACAUCCUUGACAUUCCUUGAAAACGUGGAGUUAUUCUCGAUCACCACUGACACUUCUAAAGCAAAAGCAUCGUUUGAGGCUUCAGUCAACCAGAUGGACUUCCUACUGGUAUUGAAGGACGACCCUUACAAUGACAUUUCGGAGGAUAACGAACUUUUUAUUUAA